AUGUACGAGUUUACUUUGAACCCACGUGACUUCAACUCGUACGGCUCUCGGCGUGGAAACGGUGCUGUGAUGGCCCGUGGCACGUUCGCCAACAUCCGUCUCUUCAACAAGUUCCUGAACAAACAGGCCCCGCUUACGCUGCACCUACCCUCUGAUGAAACGCUGGAUGUGUUUGAUGCUGCAAAGCGUUACCAGCAGGGUGGCUUCCCGCUCAUUAUCCUAGCGGGGAAGGAGUACGGCUCUGGCAGCUCCAGAGACUGGGCCGCUAAAGGCCCUUUCCUCCUGGGCAUCAAGGCUGUGCUGGCAGAGAGCUAUGAGAGGAUCCACCGCAGUAACCUGGUGGGCAUGGGGGUCAUCCCUCUGGAGUACCUGGCCGGGGACACGGCAGACACCCUGGGCCUGACGGGCCGAGUGCAUUACACCGUGGUCAUCCUAGAGCCACUCACACCCAGGGUGAUUGUUGACAUUAAGCUCGACACGGGCAAAACAUUCCAGGCGAGGAUGAGGUUCGACACAGACGUGGAGCUGACGUACUUCCACAACGGAGGCACCAUCAGGACCUACAAGGAGCGCACCAUCGGGACCAAGCCGCGCUGAACACGCACAUCCUCCAUGGGGACGGAGAGACAGAAAGCCCUGACUCGCCCUCUGUUGGUUUGAGUUUACCAUUUGGUUUUCAUCAUGUUGUCUCCAUUGGUUUUAGUGCAUUAACCCGUAGAUGUUUAGCUAUAGGACUUCUUUGAUUAUGUAGUGCUGAGUGCUUAUUACUGUUGGUGAGUAGGGUUGCAAAAUUCCACAUCCAGUUCAUUCCCAGUUGUUCCAGGUCUUCCUGGUUAGUAGAUUCAGGAGGGAAUGAGCAGGAAAUGCAGGAAUUCUCCAACCGGGAUUUUUUGGGAAAGUUGAAGAAGGCCGAAAUUUUAGUCUUUUAACCUUGCUUUAAAAAAAAUGGAAUCUUGUUAAUGGUGAGUGAAUGUUGCACCUUUUUUCUUUCCUAUUUUGGGAAAGUUACCAGAAUUGUUCAACCCUAAUGGUGAGUUUGGCUACCCUAGUACUAGUGUAACAGGGGGCAAGUUAAUCAAAUCAAUCUAUCAAAUUAAUAUAAGUAAACCUCAUUACGUUUCUGACCUGAAGCCACAUUUAAUAUUUUCUUGAAGCACUAAUGGUUUUAUGGACCAAAUUGUUUCUGUCUAUCAAAUUGGAAUGAAGGCCUACUUUGAGAUUCGUACUUG